AUGAUACCACCUCAUGGUACUCGAGUAGCUGCUCUAUAUGGAAGAGCUAUGCGACCCUAUGUCUGUUCACAAUGCGUCGCUCUCCUGCGACGACUUCACUCACCUGCGUUGCCGAAACAUCUCGGAAAUUCACGCUCAAAAGUCCGAGCUCUCAACCAAAAGAUAGAAUUUAAUGUCUCUAAAAAGCGCCUGUAUGCGUCGGCGACUGCUCUAACUGACACAAAGACGCGAACCCUUCUUCACUCAGAGCUCGAUCGACAAGAAGAUAUAUUCAAUUAUCUGCGUAACUGGAAACCUGAUCCGUCGGAGCCUAACCUUGAUCCUAUUCGUGUGCUAGACGACUCAAAAUCGGUCCCGAGUAUGCUAAGGGACGAACCGAAUGUCAAUGGAGAGACACCCAGGGAUUGGAAAACACUGGAAAAUCAGGAUGUCUCCGAAGAAUAUGCUCAUUUUCCCCACCUAUUUCCUGGUGACAUGGUGGUGAUUGAUCAGGAAACCGGCUAUAGCACGGGACAGUUAGCAAUCUACGUUCGCACAAUGAACAAUCAGCAACAAUUCUAUACGGAGCGGGGGAAAUGGCGAGUAGCCAUUCCCACUGAAAUAAGUUUCACGAUAAAACUACGCGCGCCUCUAGAAAUGGUCCAACCCCUUCUACCCUACUUCCCGACAACCGUUAUUGAAAAGGCAUUUUUACCACAAAUAGGCCUCGAAGGCGGAGUACCGCGACCCAUAGGUCAACCAGCCCUCGAAUGGAUGGCCUCGUUUAAGAAAGACGCAUUUAAGUUCUACAAUCGCCAUGCAGCCCGAUUUAACAGCAUUCACGGCCUCUUAGCAGAUACUCAGGAUCCCAAGUUGAUGACGUUAGACGAUAUAGGAGAAGCGCUAUUUGACUGCGAGGCCGGAACUUUGACCGAAGCCGAAAGAUUCGCGAUCCACGCCGGUUUGAAGCGACACUCAUUUAAUGUUGUCGCCAACCAGAUCCGUUAUGCAGUCGAUUCGUAUACAAUACGGCCAAAAGUCGAAGCUGAGGCUGUGCAGAUGGUUGUGAAUUGGACACGGCAAUAUCAGAAUUUGAAAGCAAGGGUAUCUCGAGGUGCUAGCGAAGGACUUGUCGCGAAGUCGCCGAUAGACAAAUUUGUGCGUAAGGCCAGGAAACUAAUAUACCGGAGCCGAAAAUCUCGCACGCCUACUACCUCAUCAUCUAUUAGCCCCGCGGCGCAGAAACCCAGUGAAAAGAGCACUGCCAUCGACACAACCUUUUCAGCAUCGGAUAACAUGAUUAUUACCUUCUUAAGAAUAUGGGCGACACCUCCGUCUAUUAUGUCGAAUAGUAUCUUAAAAGCAACUGCUUCUCUGAUUAUUCGUAACAUUGAAAUGUACGAAGAUUACCCCUUGACACCACCAACAGGCUACAUGGUCUUGCAAGAGAUCGGGGUCAUAGCGCCCUGGGAGAAUAUGCAUUUAUUAAACGAGCGGAUUGGUUUACCUGGGCACGGUGUCUCCAAAGUUUCUGAUCGAAUGCUCAAAAUUUGCAAUGAUUUCAGUGACAAGAUGACAACGGAUUCGUUUGUUGAUUCCAUGAAGGAUCUUCGAAAAGAUUGGGGUGACAUUCCUGUCUUCUGUAUAGACAGCGCGAGUGCGGCGGAGAUUGACGACGGAGUCUCUGUGGAACCAGUGCCUAACAACGAAAAUGAAAGCUGGGUUCAUAUCCAUGUGGCAAAUCCAACUGCCUUUAUAGCCCCUGACCACCCGCUGGCCAAGGGAGCGGGACAUUUCAAGCAGAGUUUUUACUCGCCAGAAAGAACAUAUCCUAUGAUUCCUUCCAAAGUAACUAGUGAGAAUUUCAGUCUUGGGCCAAAUAGGCCCACGAUUACGUUCAGUGCCAGGAUCAACAUAGACGGGGAGAUACUUGAGAAGAAAGUCACCAAUGGUUAUAUCCGAAAUGUGGUAUAUAUCACUCCUGAUCUUCUUCGAAAAGUAAACGGUAUCAAUCGCGAUGACACUCCCAGAAUGACUUUGUCUGUUGGCGGUAAAGUCGAAAAACCAAGCCGAGCGGAGCUUCAGGAAUCUAUUUCAGAAGAACACCAACAAGAUCUGCGCACAUUACAACGCUUCCUCGAAGCUCGCUGGAAUGUAAGGCGCAGAAAUGGGGCAUUAGAAUCGUUUCAAGGACACCCAUCCCAACCAUUUGUUUCAGGGGGAGUUCAGUCUUUCCCUGCGACCCGUAAUGGCCCAAACUUUUGUUAUCUUAAAGACCCAAUUAUUCACAUUAGUGGCCCAAUGGUUGACCCGCUUGAAGCAACCGGAUCAACGACAGAAGACCUGGUUGCGCAUGCUAUGAUUCUUGGCGGUGAAAUUGCUGCGCAAUGGUGCAGAGAUAGAGGUAUACCUCUAGUGUUCAGCGGAUCUGCCCAAUCACCUGAAGAGACCAUGAUUAAUGAAAAGAUUGGCACUGACAGCGCGCCUUCAACUGCAUCUCCUCCCAGGGGAUAUUUAUCUCCAGAGCCAAUUCGCCACGCCUACAUGGGAAUCGACCAAUAUGCGAAAUGCACGAGCCCCCUUAGACGGUAUUCGGAUAUGGUCGCCCAUUGGCAGAUAGAAGCCGCAUUGCGGCAAGAAGCAACAUCGAAGCAGGCAAGCAGCAAGUCUACAACUGCUGCUUUACCGUUUUCAGCGGAUGACAUUAAAUCGCUUAUUUUUCAAUCGCACUGGCAAAACUCUAUGAAGGAUCACGCUCAAAGAAUGUCCCGUGACUUCUGGGUCUUGCAGCUUCUUUUUAGAGCCUUUUACUAUAAAGAAACGGAGCUUCCUGAAACGUUCCAGUGUCUAAUAAUCACUCAGCCACCUGCGAGUUCUGUUGGCAAAGCCGGGUCCACUGACGCCCAUUAUGUGGGCUCCUUACUCCCAUUUCGGCUGCGCUGUUGCAUAUCGGCAGGCAGCAACAUCAAACUACAGCCCGGUGAUAUCGUCGAUGUGAAGAUCAGCCAAACUGAUCUCUAUGGUGUUUUCUUGGAUGUGGAUUUUGUGAAGUUGGUGAAACGCCUGCCAGAAAGCAGCGAAUUAUCAAACCGGAGAUUUUAUGUAUGA